AUGCUGAAUAACCUCAGGGUAUGCGCGGCCUUCGUUGCCGUUUUCGUCAAUUUACACCACCGGAUACAAGCUACAGAAAACUUCGAGCUCCGGAUACACGAUGGCGCCGCUACUGGAGUGAAGAUGACGAUGGGCAUUGAAUUUCAGAGAAAAAUGGACGGUUUCAAGGGGUGCUUCGGGCAGCUGGAGUCGGAUAUCGAGUGGUUGGAGUUUAGGACAUCCCGCUCCGCAUUCUAUACCAGUGACGCGGUGCCUUACUUCGAUCCCAAGAAAGUGCCGACACUGGAAGGGACGCUUCAUAUGCUCUGCACCGGCAACAAGAUGACUUCCCUGAACUUCCACGUCCACAUCACCCGCCAGAACCGACAUGCCCCGAAUUUCCUGGCUGGGAACAAGUUCACCUUCUACGUCCCCGUCGACAUGAGGAAGGACGGGAAUUCGGAGAUUGGGGUUCUUCAGGUAGAAGACAUCGACCCGGUCAUCUACAACUCCCAAAGAAUACUCCGAUUCACAAAAGAUCAACCACUUUUCUCGAUCGAAGCCGACGGAAAAUUGAAGCUGAAGAGUCUGCUUGUGCGAGAGCAGCCCUACAAGCCGAUACACUUCCAGGUGAUUGCCAUCGACUUUGGCAGUCCGCAGCUUCACUCCGUGGCCAAUGUUACUGUUAUUCCGGUUACGGUAUCUAACGUCGAAAACCUGAAAGUCAACGUGGCCACCGAUGACUACCAGAUUUUCGAGUGGGACAAGCCGAAAUAUGGGACUCCAUCGAAGUAUCGGCUCUCGAUCCGAAAGGGCGAGUCAAUCCUGUAUGAGGAGGAAAUGGACGCUCGGCAUACCUCCGCAUUAACAAAAGUCCCAAUCGAUGCGGGAGGCGAUUUUUCAUAUCAAGUGACUGCGGUGGAUCAUACUGGCGAGACCCCUUCGGAGAUCUAUCGCUUCCACGUGAUACAGAAUGACCUCCGAUGCCUUGGCCAGUGUGCUCCGGGAGGUGGCGUACCUCUGUGCCAUUUCGGACUUGGUGGUAAUGUCCAGCAGUAUUCUGGCCCACACUGCCACUGCUUUCACGGGUAUUCUGGAAAUACUUGUCAAUACACAGAUACCUGCCCUCCCGACAAGACGCUUGAAAACUAUGGUGGGCUAGACUGGGCGGAAACAGCGGUAAAUGGCAGUGUAACAGCCCCAUGCCCCUACAAUCACGAUGGCGAGACCGUCGAGAGGAAAUGUGGAUGGGAACCGAUUCUCGGGCGAGCCGUCUGGCAACCAAUUUCGAAUAUUGAGAAGUGCCAGCCACAGAGCUCCGUCCUUUCCCACCUCAAAAUGAUCGAGACGUUCGCGGCGAAAGCUGAUUCGACCUCGACCAUCCAUACCGUCGUUCGAUUUCUCCGAAAGCUUCUGGCCGUGCCUUCAUUUGCCCCGGCCCCCGAUCCGCAUCAUAUUCAGCCGAGAGUCGGCUCCCCUGCCCAUUUCGACCAGAAGAUCGCUGAGGAUGCGGUUUUGGUCGUGGAGAGCGUGCUAAAAGUCAACAUAUCGACACUGAAGGGAAAUGCUACCAUGGCUAGGGCUGAAAUGUGGGCCGUCGUCCGUGAAUUUGCAUCUAGACUUCCGACACCAAUGUCGCUUGCUUCACCAACUCACGGAUUACAUAUGCGAUCAAAUCACUGGCUUUCUGGUGCCGAUAACUACAAGACGAUGGUCGGCUCCUCAUGCUAUUUAAAGCUCUCGACAAUCCAAAAGGACAACCAGAUCCGCUCGAUUUGCAUGCACAAUGGGACGCUGUUUGAAAUGGUCGACGGCCGAAACCCAGUCCUUUCCGUCGAAGUCGAUCGUCCACUCCAUAACUCGUUCACAAAAAUCCAAUUCGGCUUGAGACCUUUGAUGCAGAACUCGAGCGACAAUUACACCUGUGUGAUGUGGGACCAGCAUGCUUACACCUGGUCAACCCGAGGAGUACGUCGUCUUUCUUCUGACGACCACGGCUAUGUGACGUGUGAAUCGUCGCAUCUCGGUAUUUUUGGGCUACUUCCGGAAUCGAUGUUCAUCAUCCGAUCGCCGCUUCUCACCCAGUUGAGCACUACGAUGCCUACCGUCACUUCAGGAAUUUCGCUGCUGAUUGCAGCCAUCUUUCUGUUUGUUGCUGCUUGCCAGAGAACCCCAUCCUCCGACCUGCACCUCUUGCUUCUGCUCUUCGAUCUCUUUCUCAUCCACUUCGCCCACCUUGGCCAGCUCGUCGGUCCCCAGAUUGGCGACUCCUACUUCCUGACGCCGUCCAUCCAUCUAUGCCUACAGUUCAGCGUACUGUCGGCUGUCUCGACACUUUGCCUAAUCUUGGCUUCACUUCACAGCUUCAUGACUGGGUUACGGGAUCAUCCGACGAAGGAAGACCUCGAGGAAGCCUGCUGCUCCCGUUCAGCGCGUCUCGUGCUUUUUGGCCUCGUCGCACCCGGAGCUCUGACCUACGCAACGUACCAUUACGCUCCUGAUGGGAACCACGAUUUUUCGAGGGUCGUCGAAUCCGUAGAAUGGUUGUUCGUGUUCACCUACUUGGCGCCGGCCGUCUUCUUCCUGUCGUUUGCGUUGGCGUUUGCGCUGUGGAACAUCGUACUAGGCAAGCAACUCAACAACGGAGGGACGCCGAGCUCAAGAUGUCUUGCGAUAGCUCCAGCAACCUCGGUCUCGAUUGCAUCGCUCCUGUUGAUAGCUUCAUUAACAGCUGAUGUCGUGCUCUUCGCGUUAAGGGAGUACAGCUUCUACGCGAUACUCGGCUUCUCCAUCUCGCAGCUCCUGCUCUGUUUUGCCCUAUUCAAAUUUUGCGGUUUCCUAUUCAGGCUGCGAAUGAUGACGGACGCCGAUCAGGACGCCGGAUCCACGAGGUCUCUAGAGCGGAAACGAGAUAUCAGCCGAGCGCUGCUCGACCAUGUUGACACGAAACAGCAUUAUGGCUCCGACGUCGACAGCCUUCGCUCGGAAUCGGCCGCCUACAUGGCUCACUUGACUGCAAAUCUAUACGAGCGACAACCGAUGGUGUCGAUAGUA